AUGCAUUCCCGAGCCGACAACUCAGACGAAGACACCGUCGUAGACGACGCCGGCUCCCCAAGAUCCUCCACAGACUCGUCAACAGAAUCAACCCCCCUCUUCGCAACCUCCUCACCACCAAGCAAGAGCACCACCAGACCCUCCCAAAACCGCAGCAGAACAGACUCCCUCCUCAACGCAGCAACCCAGCUCCACGUCCCCAAACUCCACAACGCAGACGCCAUCGUCGCAACCUUUGUCACAAUCAUCCUCCUCGGCGCCGGCUUCGGUGGCCUUUGGACCAUCCCCACCACCCGCAAGGUAGAAGACAUCGUCUGCCGGCAGUACUACGGCGUCCUCUACACCCAGGACGCCAUCGACGAGUCCAAAUGCAAGGAAGACGAGAUCCAGAGCGAGGUGGCCAUGAUCUUCGCCGUGUACAGCGCGCUGCAGGCGUCCAUUGGUGCCGCUUCCGCGUUUCCCUGGGGCAUUGUGGCGGACCGGCUGGGGAGGAAGCAGGUUUUUUCGCUGGCGGUGUUGGGUCAGAUGCUGGAUCAGGCGUGGUUUCUCGUCGUGUGUGCGUUUCCCAAGGUGAUUCCGCUCAAGGCUUUGUGGGUUGGACCGUCAAUGUUGCUCGUUGGUGGCGGGAACGCCGUGUUGUCUGCCGUCGUCUUCUCGAUGCUCUCUGACGUGACGACUUCGGAGAACAGAGCCAAGAAAUUCAUGGCCGUCCACCUGGCCUCCAUGAUAGGAAACCUCUGCGCCCCCGCCGUCGCAGGCUGGAUGAUGGAACGAACCGGCCCCUGGCCCGUAAUGUGGCUCGCCUACGCCGGCUUCGCCUCCCUCCUCUUCACAAUCCACCUCGUCCCAGAAACCAAACCCCCCGCCGCCAAACUCUCCCCGGACCCCAUCGCCGACGCCCCCGAAGCCGAAUCCCCCGUCAUUGGCACCAUCCAACACACCUUCAACCGCCUCAAGGAGUCCAUGGCCCUCCUCAAGAACCCUUCCCUCGUAAUCCUCAUGGUCGCCACCCUGAGCUCCUACCCGGUCGUCAUGUCAACCUACCAAUUCAUGACAAUCUUCGCCUCGAAACGGUACCACGUCUCCCUCUCGCAGACGGGCUACCUCUCUUCCCUCUACGGCCUCGGCGUCUUCCUCACCAUCGUCGCCAUCCUCCCAGCCUUCUCCAAGCUUCUCGCCUCCCCAAAAGCCCCGAAACCUCUACGCUACACAGACGACCACGAACGCGACCUCUUCCUGGGCCGGCUCUCCUCCGUCGCCUUACUGCUCGGUGCGCUAACCAUGUCCGCGUCUCCCACCAUCGGUGCCUUCAUCGGCGGGCUGGCGAUCCUGUCCCUCGGCUCCGGGUGGGGCAGCUACGUGCGGAGUCUCUGCGCCGUCUACGUUGAUGCCGCGCACCGCACGCGGCUGUACUCCAUCAUCUCGCUCGUGGAAACGGCGGGCCAGACGUAUACGCAGCCCAUGCUCGCGGGGCUGUUCAGUCUGGGGAUGAAGCUCGGGGGCGCGUGGAUCGGGCUGCCGUACCUGGGCGUCGCUUGUUUUUGCAUCGCUGCGUUGGGGCUGCUUCUCAUGGUGAGACUUCCGCCAUCGGAGGGUAAGGGGACGCAUGCGAUGGGGGAUGAUGGUGAAGAUGUUGGUACGAGUUCUCAGUGA